UUGCAGCAAGCAGCUGAAGUUUCUCAGCUGAGAGGAGCUCGAGUCAUCUCUGCUGAAGAUCUUCUGUUUUUGAUGCGCAAAGAUAAGAAAAAGCUUAGAAGGCUGCUCAAAUAUAUGUUCUUCCGAGACUACAAAUCUAAAAUUGUCAAAGGCAUUGAAGAAGAUGAUCUCCUUGAAGACAAAUUCAACAGUAGCAGUGUCAACAAACGUCAGAAGCUGGCUCAAGACUUUCUCAACUCUAUUGAUCAGACUGGGGAGCUCUUGGCUAUGUUUGAAGAUGAUGAGAUUGAUGAUGUUAAACAAGAGCGGAUGGAGAGAGCAGAAAGACAAACACGAAUGAUGGACUCAGCCCAGUAUGCAGAAUUUUGUGAAAGUCGUCAAUUAAGCUUUUCCAAGAAAGCUUCCAAGUUUCGUGAUUGGCUGGACUGCAGCAGCAUGGAAAUAAAACCAAAUGCAGUUGCUAUGGAGAUUUUGGCAUAUUUAGCAUAUGAGACUGUGGCACAGUUGGUGGACUUGGCUCUUUUGGUCAAACAGGAUAUGGCACCCAAAGCAGGUGAUCCAUUCAGUCAUGCAAUAUCUGCUACUUUUAUACAGUAUCCCAGUUCUGCUGAGCCACAUCUCUUAGGCCAGACCACAAAUAUGAAGAGUAAUCUUGACUCCCCCGAAAACACACCACCUCCUACGCCCACUCCACCAGCAUCAGCAGGACCACAACACCUUGGGAAAACGCUGUCCGGAGCCCUGGGGAAUGGGGGAAUUGGACAAGACUCCACCAAAGUCAAACAAAGAAAAAGAAAAAAGAGCACUGCAGCUUGUGGUAUAGAGGCUCAAAGCGAUGCCAUCCAGCCCUGCCACAUCAGAGAGGCCAUUCGGCGCUACAGCCACAAGAUUGGCCCCCUUUCCCCAUUCACAAGUGCCUACCGCAGAAAUGGGAUGACUUUUCUAGCCUGCUAGUAUGGAUGUGGCUGCAGUGACAGGAAAGGCAGUGUUAUAUUAAGGUGAUUUUCUUUUCCCCUCCAUGGAAGAAAAAAAAAACAAGCUCUAAUGUGUCUGUGUACCAGUGAGUGGGCUGGUUUGUUGUGACUAUCUACUGGCUGACUCCGUCUCUUUUUCCAGCCCCCUCAAUCGUUAUUCUUGUUUACUAGCUGGAAUGCUAAGCUAAUUAAUGGCAGGAUGUUUGGGAUAGUGUGUAGGUGGACAAGAAUGCGGAUCACACAAUUUUGAAAUUUGCAAUGGGCUUACUUCUGUCAGCCCCCAUGUCUAAAGUGCAGUGUCAUUUUUUAUUUUUGAAGUCUGUAUGUUUUAAUAGAUGUGUUGUUUUGUGAAGCAGGUUUGAGGCAAAAAGAGGCCAAGGAUGUGGAUGAUUAUUUAUGCUUGCCUUGUUUUUUCAAAAGUAAAACUGCAUUGUUUUGCAUUUAACUCCUCUCAAAUCAAUUUUUUAGACAAUGCUAAAAGAAUAAUACCCUGUCUAGCCAAACAAGGCGUUUUUCAGUGAGGAUGAUGCAUAGGAGGGGAGAUGAGCUAAGUUCAGAUAAGAAGCCUUUUCAGAUAGGAAGACUUCAAGUAAAUGACUUCAGGUCUUCUUGUUUCAGUUAAAUAUUAGCAUUUUUAGAGUCUCAAUGACCAUCUGUACUGAAAUCUCUUUUCUUAUCCUCUUCUCUCCCCUGAAGUCAGUGGGAGUAUUUCUUUUGAUUUUAAUGACCGUCAGAUCUGUCCUUUUGGCUCCCGUUCACAAGGUACUUAAAUGUGUAUAACUUUAAGCAUAGUUUCUGUUGACUUCAAUGGGACUACUCAAGUACUUAAAGUUACAGCCCUGCUUAAGUGCUCUGCUGUACGGACCUGAUCCUGUUACUGUUAAUGGGAGAAAAUCCAGGCCCUUUAUUUAUUUUUAAUUUCUGUUGCUCCGCUUUGGUUUUUUUCUUUCGGUUUGAUUUGGGGUUUUGUUUUGUUUCUUCAAACUCUGACUCUCCCUAUAGCCCUCUUCCCUUCUCUGCUCUUCCAGUCUUUGAUAUCUUCACAAGCAUAUUCAUUUCUUCCCAUGGAAAGUGUACAUAUAUAGAAGUAACCAAGGUCACACUUGAGGAGAUAAAAAGGCUUAGGCCCAGAUUCUGCAUCAGAAUCUGCUACUGUGCCCCUAUGGCAUCCCAUUGAUACAGAAGUCAGCGCUAGUGUAUCCCAAAGCAGAGUCAGGGCCUUAAACCUUUAAGAAAGACAGAACACUCAGGAGACCUGGGAGAUCAACUGUCUGCAUUACUGCUAUAUAGGGUAAGCAGUCUCGUCCUUUGUGCUUAGUAUGUGAGGUUUCAACUCCUGCCACUUCUCUGAUACAGUCUUAUACUUUAUAAAUGUUUUCAUUGGACAGUACCUGGACCCACUUGCGGAAAAAAAAUUAAACUAAAAACAUAAGUCUCUUCCUUGUGAUCAAAAAAUUGUGAACCAUUGUAAGUGUAAUCACAGUGCAUCCAAUAUUUCUGCCAUCCAUAAACUGCGUCCUUUUUUACCUGCUGCAUGCCAGUCCUUCUGGAAUUAAUCUGUAUGUAAAGGACUAAAAAUAAUGUGUACAAUACAGUAUAUUAAAAAAGAAAAGUUUUCUGAUGUUCCAUCUGUGCUUGUUGAAAUGUAUGAUUAAACUUUUCUUUUUAUCAUCA